AUGGUUGCGGGACAACAUAAAUUGGACUUAUCUCUCCUGAGACGGCGACAUGACCCUUCUGCAACAUCCUCCGCGAGCCUUUCACCAACAGUUCCCACCCUUGAAUCACCUGUGUCAUUCCAGGCUUUGGCAGUCAGAGCCGUCUCCGACACGAUGAUGGCGCAGCGAAACAAGCUCGAUAGACCGCCAGCUAGGCCUUCCAUGUUCAUUGAGGAGACAGAUGACGAUGAUUCGAUGGUUCCAAAAUCAAAUCAUGGCACACCUGCUGACCCGAAGUCUAUCGAUGUGAUACGUAAAAGCGUUGAGGAGGAACCAAUGCGUCGGGCAAAGAGCCAGUACUUCGACGACUUUUUCAGCACACGUGGGCGAGAACUGUCACUUAGGGAUCGACUGAGUCAGAAAUCAGUUAUUGUGGCUGAGCUUAAACUAAGCAAGACGGUUACAGACGAUAAAGCCCUUGCUGCGGUGAUCUCGUCUCGCCUGGCACAAAUCUAUCAGAAAGAGGAAUCGUCUAUGAUGGUCACCAUACAGCAGGAUGUAUGUAUUCUCUUUGGUAUCUGGAAGGACCCAGCGUAUUUGUUGAAGGUCUACGCACUCCCAUGCCUCAUAGCCUCUAUCACCAACCUUCGCUGCACCCGCAUGAUCCAGUCAGCUCUGAGGGAGCUUCUACAGAUUGAUCCCAAUCGCGGCGUAGUCCUUUAUCUUCCAGUUCCUGAAGAGAACUUUGGGACAAAUGGUGUAACUUACAUGGGCGAGAUCGCACGCUAUGAACGCCGGACUGAUGAUGAUGACCCCGGUAUCCUUCGAAACAUCUCACGGGGCUUGAGUAGAAGGCUGAAAUCAAGCAGCACCCAGAGCGCGCCUCGUUCUGAGGCAACAACCUCUUCAUGGGGCCCUGAGACUGAUACUCAAAUGUCAAUAUCGGCGAGAGGAAAUGAUUCUUUGCACAGUGCGGGCUCUCGAGAAAUAGAAGCGUCAAGCCAAGGCAACAUUACAGGGUCUAAGAGUCUGCGACACUUCCUUUCUCGUCGCGUGCAGAAUCCUACUGGAGGAGCAGUUGACAAGCGGUAA